AUGGAGCGAUCGUCUGGUGCUACCAAAGACGAGAUUUGGCGGUUUCAAGAGGCUCUUACCGAGCUCUCGAAUACCCAGUCUCAACACACCGAACGCAUCAUGCGGCUCGAGAAGAGGUUAGACGACGGUGCACGACCGAAGAAUGCAUGGCCGCCUGCUUCGCCGUUCCCGAGCAUUCUGGGAGGGUCGCAUACAGAAUCAACACUCAACCCAGCGGCUGAGGCAUUCCGUAAUUUCGAUGCAGACAUUGGUAUCAGCGCUCUAAGUCUUGACACUGCCGAAGACCAGCGAAGAGCUGCUGCGUCUCGCGCCAACUCGGUCAGAUUCGACGAGAGUGCGAAUAACCAUUACGGCUCGUCAAGACAAUCCAUAGACCUCCCAACACGAACCGGCAGUGGUCUCGGUAGCCACCCUCUCUCUGAGCGCUCCUCAUCACACCGAUCCGAUGGCCGCAGUAGCAAUACUGCGUUCGGUCGAACCAAUAGCUUUGGACUUGAGUCAAGUCGUCUUCUCGGUUCUAUUCACAACUCUCCCAAGGUCGCAGCCAACCCUCCACCGGGCUUCUUUGUGCUCGGACCAUGUCCUUCGAUCAUCCGAUGCUGGUUGACCGAGACCUUCUCCAACGACUCGUUGCUCUACGCUGCGUUGUGUACGGGCGCUGCAAGCUCUUCGGUCGGCGUCCAAGUUCUCCAGCAACUUGGACUCACUGAUCAGAUCGUCGAUGAAGGUGGCUUUCGCAAGAUCAAGCUGCCUGUCUAUCUGACCGAGGCUCGGAUACAGCAGGCAUCGCGGUCAAGCAGUCCGCAUUUGACGCACCAAGUACCUACUUUGUUUGUCAAGUUCGUCGUGGUAGAGGGCUCGCAGGACGACAAUGCCAUCCAGAUCAUCAUUGGCAGCGACGUCCUGCGAGCACACAGCGGCGACGUUUUCUUCUCGCAAGACAAGCUAUCCAUUCUCGAUGAUGAUCGCAAUCAGCUCUCCGUACCUCUGGUCCGACCUGAAGAUGAUGCCAGCUACAAAUACUUGACCACCAGCUCACGCAGACUCCCACCUUCGACGACCACUGUCCGGCAGACGGGUCUUGAGAGCUUCGGUGCUGGUAUCAUCGGACAGGCGUCGAAACUUGAGGGUACCCAAGCGCCCAUUUCGCCGCCACCGCAGUCGCCAGCAACGGGGACCUUCACAGAGCGCGUAGACACACGUCGUGAAGAAUCCGUUGAACCAACUCCGCGAACUAGCGCCGACAUACUGCAAGCCGACUCCAAGUCCGCCACCGAGAGUGACCAGUCAGCGUCGAACCCUGUAUCCAAGUCGAGCUCCGGCGUUUGGGGCACAUCUUGGCGAUCCGGAUCGACUCAGCCUGCUUCAGAAGCUAAGAAUGCUGCCUCUUCGUACUCGAGACCUGCGCCGUCACGAACGAUGAAAGUCCUGCGCCCAAGCAAAGGCUCUGGCAAUGCUACUCGCACGACUUCGACAUCAAACCCGUUCUUGAAUGGCCCGGAUCCUCGUUCGGAAGAUCCUCCACCGCAGCGGAAAGCUAGUCUCAGCGACAUCAAGCCAACGACCUCCGCUCCCACGAGGACCAAUCCCGUCGGAUCAGGGUCGGCGUUUGGGUGGCUGAACUCGAGUGGUGGUCAGAGGACGACAUCAGCUGCAAAUAAUGCUCAUUAG